AUGUCACACAUGAAAUUUUCCAUUCCAGGCGCUGUGUAUGUAAGAUGGGGACGAACUACAUGCCCAGCAAAUGGAACUGAUCUAGUUUACACGAGAUACACUGCAGGGAAUUUUUACAGUCAAGAUGGUGCCGCCGACUACCUUUGUCUGACAUCAGAACCUAUCUGGGGAGUUUAUGACGAUACUCUUCAUACAUAUUCGGCCAAGAUCUAUGGCACUGAGUAUGAGUUUGGUGGUGAAGGAUACCCGGACGGAGGUGCCCAGUUCUUUGGCAAAAAUAUUCAAAACCAUGACGCUUCCUGUGCAGUAUGCAUCACUUCUCGACGAGCCACCGUCAUGAUCCCAGGCAGGAACCAGUGUUACCCCGGGUGGACAAAGGAAUACUCUGGCUAUCUCGUCUCUGGUUUGUCUGGUACCCAAGGUCACGCAUCGUCUUCCAACUACGCAUGCCUAGAUGCAGAAGCUGAAUAUGAAAAUUCCGACUUUGAAAACAGAAACGGGAAGUUGAUGUAUCUUGUUGAGGCAGUAUGUGGGUCUCUUCCUUGUCCACCCUAUGUGAAUUAUCGUGAAAUAACGUGUGUUGUUUGCAGCAAAUAA